CAUUUUCUCACGAAAACUUGACGCUGUGCAAAGUGGGGAAUAGGUCCCGGGCCAAUUGGAGCUUAAUUGUUAGUCUAGCCAAGAUCAGCUAGCUUUAGACAUCACAUCCAUUAGCUUCCUGAAUAAUUAUUCAAAUAUCGACCCUGUUUGAACUCUUAUACUACAUUUUUACUAUCCCUCAACCGUUAACCCUGAAGCAAACGGGAUCACUGACACAUUUUUGUGAAGCUACAUAACAACAAUUAUGUCUGCGAUGGUUCGAGGUCGCUCGCCAAACCGCUCACCACUUGAUGCAGAUCCCGAGCAAGCUUCAACCCCAAUGAGGCGCACGAUGUCCCCCCGUUCAGAGUCCCAACCCGGCAGCAAGCGAAGCCCAUCCUUUGAUCGUACCCGUCACAGCGGUUACCGCUCCAGGAGCCGGUCUCGCUCUGCUUCGCGAUCGAGAAUGCUGUCGAGAAGCCGAAGCCGAAGCUGGAGUAGUCGCAGUCGCAGUCGCAGUCGAGGUUCACGACGGUGUAGAGACAGAAGUUACAGCGAAACUCCUAGCCCUUCAGAUAGCCUACCAAGGAGCUCAAAAAUUGUUGUUGAGAAACUGACAAAAAAUGUAACCGAGUCACACCUUCGAGAAAUAUUUGGGAGCUUUGGGAGUAUAGAGAGUCUAGAUCUUCCCAUGAACAAAGCUUUCAUGACAAACCGAGGCACAGCAUAUAUACUUUACGACGAUCCAGCGGAUGCAGAAGCGGCUAUCGCACACAUGCACGAGGCCCAACUCGAUGGGGCUGUGCUUAAUGUCUCUAUUGUUCUUCCUCGAAGAGCAUUUUCCCGGUCACCGCCACCCCAGAGCGGCAGGGUAAAUCCCGGCCGUCAAAGGCACAGCCGUGGACAGCCAUCGGACUCUCGUUAUUCUCGCCCUUCUCCCUAUCCUCCCAGAUCGCCUCCCCACCAGAGAAGGUUCGGCCGCACUAGGCCCAUGGAAAGGCAUGACCUUUAUCGCCCACGGACUUUAUCUCGAUCACGAUCGCAACGUCGCUCUCGAUCAUCGGAACUCAGGUCAGCGUCUCCAACGAGGAGGAGGGGACAGCUGCGCUCUGGUAGCCCGCGACGUGGUAGGCGCCGUAGUCCUAGUUACAGCAGUUUUGACUACAGCAGCCACAGUGACAGAAGUAGAAGUCCCAGCAGGAACAGAGGCCCAGGUCGAUAUGGUCCGCAAAGGAGGUGAAUGGCAUGGAGCAACAAGACGAGGUUCCAACUUUCUACUCAUUGGAUUCUCCACGGGUUAUAGGGGAUUGAGCAAGUAUUGCAACCAUUAUAUCUAUGUAAUAGUAGAAAGAGUC